AUGGGGGCUGAGGAGAAGCGGAGGCUUGCUGGCAGUGGUGGGAUGGCAGAAGCGUCCUCUGCCCCUCCACCAGCUCACAGGGACUCUGGGGAGCUGGAGGAACAGGGCGCGGUGCACGGCGGGGGCGGCGGGGCAUUUCCUGUUCGGUCCUUGCACGUCCUUCUGGUGACCACCGCCUGCCAGGACGCCAACUAUGGCCAGUUCAUCCGGGAGCUGUGCCUCGGGCGGUUCCAGCAGGACAUGGAGGCGCUGGGGCAGACCCUCUGGUGCGACUGGAACAGAACCUUAGGCACCUACAGCGAGCUCACCAAGUGCACCCACCAUGUCGCGGAUCAGCUGGAGUGCUUCUGGCCCAACGCCGAAGUGGACCGCUUCUUUGUGACCAUCCACCGGCACUACUUCAACAGCUGCCCCGUGUCCGGCCGGGCUGUGCACGACCCGCCAGGCAGCAUCCUGUGUCCCUUCAUCGUGGUGCCCAUCCUGGUGACCCUGCUGGUGACCCUGCUGGUGGUCUGGCGCAGCAAGAGCAGGGAGGGCAUCGUGUAGCGGUCGGAGGCAAACCCUGGGGCCAGGGCAGAGACCAGGCUGCCCCACUAUCCCCCAGCAAGAGAGGAACUGAGACCCGCUGCCUGCAGACAAGGAGCGCUUCGGGGUCUCAGAGGGUCCCCCUCACAGAGGUGCAACCAACCCCGGAAGGGCCACCAGGGGCAUCAUGGCCCUUUGUUUCUGAACCUGCGUUUCCAGUUCUGCUCCCUGACACACACACCCCUCACUGUUUAAAGGUCACCAUGUUCUGCCCACCCACCCCAGAGAUGGCUUGUGCAGGGAUGGUAUGUGAUUAAAGGAUGUCCCUCAUA